AUGGCAACGGACGUCUUCAGGAACAUUGAAGGACUCCACAUCGGCAAGCAUUUCUCGGACGAUGCGAUACUUUCAACAUUGGCGUACAAACCGCGGCCGGGCGACCUUUUUCUGGUGAGCUAUCCGAAGGCAGGAUCCACGUGGACUCAGCACAUCAUGUACAACAUCCUCAUGAACGCCGAAAACGCUACAAACCCUUUCGACCUUCUCAUGCGAUUCCCCUGCCUCGACUUGCAAGGAGCAGAAGCGGCCAUGUACGCGCCGCAACCUAGCGCCUUCAAGAGCCACCUGCCAUUCAACAAGAUACCGUACUCUCCAGAAGCAAAGUACGUGUACAUUGCGAGAAACCCGUACGACACGUGCGUCUCCUUCUACUACCACACUAAGCACAUCCCUGCGUACCGUUUUCAAGAUGGGACAUUUGACGAGUUCUUCGAACUCUUCAUGCAGGGCCGGGUGGAGUUCGGCGAUUACUUCCAAAAUGUCAUAUCUUGGUACGAACACCGAAACGACUCAAACGUCCUCUUCUUGACCGUUCGAAGAGCUUAA